AUGGCUAUUCUUGUUGAUCCGACUGCCUCCAUCCAAGCUGUAUUUUGGGAAGAAUGGGUUGAUUCAAUUGAAGAUGGAAAGACAUAUAUAUUCACGAACAUGAGGGUAUGAGAAGAUAACUACGCAAAUGAGAAGUUUGUCAAUACAGCAAAGUGUGGAUGCAAGAUUGAAAUCAGCAUUCCAUUUAGUGAAGCACUGCCAGAUGUGACACUCUCCCUGAGUGAGAUGGCAACAAAAGAGGUAACUAUUUCAGUAAAGUUCUAAGUAACUUCUUCACUUGCCACAGUUGCUUGAAAAAGCUUGAAGAGAGUGGUACCAAGUAUAUAUGUUGUCCAUGUAACAUGAAGCAGGAGCCUAUCAAUAUUCAGUGGUACUGCAAACUUAGAUUCCAGGAUACAUUGUCGCAGCAAUUCAACCUUUCUGUAUUUUACCCUCAAUUGAUGAAGCUGUUGGAGAUCCAGGGAAGAUCUUUGUUGCCAACAUUAACCAAAGAUCACAUUGA